AUGGACUAUGAAUAGAAUAAUUAUUAGGCAUUCGAUAUUGAAAUAAUCGAUACCGAGCAACAAAGAAUAGAGUAUGCGAGAUUAAGUUUCAUCAGAAAGGUGUUUUUGAUAUUGUUAUUUCAGAUUGGAUUCACUUUCAUCUCUACAUUGAUAGCAUAUUCUUAAAUUGCAAUUAUUGAAUACCUUUUGCUGCAGACCAUUCUUAUUUUGGAUAUUUAUGGUUGUAUUGAUCUUAGUAAUAUUUUUGCUAAUGAGCUUUUUAAAAGUAAGUUUAUAUGUAAAUCAAGAUUAGCCAAACAACAUCCCUAUAAUUAUAUCUGUUAUAGUUGUUUCACCCUCUCCAUCUCAUACAUAUUUAUUUACACUACACAUCAUUAUCCUACGUACUCAAAUCACAUCCUUUCAUUGAUUACAUUACAAAUUGGCAUCAUCAUUUCCCUCAUCACUUACUCAUAUUUUACAACCUCGGAGAUCAAUCUAAACAAGGGUUUAAUCUGCAUAGUCAUUACCACUACUCUACUAUUCAUAUUCUUAUUCCUCUACUUCAAAUUAUCCCUCAUAUUUUUAUUUAUAUUAUCAUUCCUCAUCAUCUUGUAUGGAAUGCAUAUUAUAAUUGAUACACUUCUUAUUGUCAAUGGAGAAGUAAGAAGUUGA